GAGUCCACGCGCUGGCAGUGGGUCGUUGGACAAACGAAUGGCUACUCGCUAAUUACCUUAAAGCUUACAGAGGGAUGAUGAUGAAGGAUUGGAGCAAACUCCCCAAACAGAGCUAGCUCUCCCCCCUUUCCUAUAUUUAAUAAAUCCAAACCCAAAGAAAAACAAAUAGUCUCGUCCGUUCAUCUUCACUCUUCUGCAACAAAAAGAAAGCAAAAAUCAAAACCAUUCGAACCCAUAACCCUCUCAUGCUUCCUAUUUUCUCAGUUUCCAUCUCUCUAAAUCAUAAACAAUGAUAUACACUUCCACCAAACUCUAUCCUAUCUAACUCUCUUCUCCCCACACCCCCCUACCCUUUUUUGAGAAAUAUGCAGCCUUGUAGCCGGGAAAUGCAAGCAAUCAACUCUCUUCUAAACCCAACUCAACAAAUCCCUCUCCAUGACCUUCAAAGCAACGGAAACAGCAAUAGCCACCAACAGAUCCAAAACCCACACUUCGAUCCCACAUCUUCCCACGAUGACUUCUUAGAACAGAUGCUCUCCACGCUACCUUCUUGCUCAUUGUCUGACCUCAAGUCACCUUGGAACCCAACUAAAUCUGAUGAAACGUGUCCCCCUAAUCCAGACAACAAUGUUGGGUUCCACUACGAUGAGAUUCUAGCUACCAAGCUUAGACAACAUCAAAUAAACGGCGGAGGAGGGUCUUCUCCUGCUACUGCAGCUAUGAAGAUGAUGAUGCAGCAGCAGAUGAUGUUAGAAGGAAGAGCGACCGCCUUUGGUAGAGGAGUAGGAGGAGGGUUGACCAUGCCCUUAUCUUUGGGGAGUGGUGCUGCUGGGUCUCAUCACAACGACAUCGUUGAUGGAUCUUCCUUUAAAUCCCCCAAUAAUCAGGAUCACGGAGGAGAGGGUUCUGUGCAAGCUUUGUAUAAUGGUUUUGGUGGUGGAUCUCUGCAUGGGACUAAUCAGUCAUCGAACCGGCCUCAGCAUUUGAACCAUCCUCAGGGAGGGACUAUGCAGGCACAAAACUUUGGAGCUAUUGCAGGAACAGUGAUAAAGCAAAGUCAGGCAAGUGGUUCGAUAACCGGGGGUACCGCGGCUCAACCUAAACAAAGAGUUAGGGCUAGGAGGGGUCAAGCUACUGAUCCCCACAGUAUCGCUGAAAGAUUACGCAGAGAGAGAAUUGCAGAGCGAAUGAAAGCCCUUCAGGAACUGGUUCCUAAUGCCAACAAGACAGACAAGGCCUCAAUGCUUGAUGAGAUCAUCGACUAUGUCAAAUUCCUCCAGCUCCAAGUCAAGGUUCUGAGUAUGAGCAGAUUGGGCGGUGCUGCUGCUGUUGCUCCCCUUGUUGCUCAUAUUCCCUCCGAGGGAGGUGGUGAUUUUAUCCAAAUGAGUACCGAUGGUGGGUCUCUUCCACGAAAUUCUAACGGCAACCAUACGUCGUCAAGUAACGACAGCCUAACGGUGACGGAGCAACAAGUUGCCAAGCUAAUGGAAGAAGACAUGGGCUCGGCCAUGCAGUACCUACAAGGGAAGGGCCUUUGCCUCAUGCCAAUCUCACUCGCCACUGCCAUCUCAACUGUCACAUGUCAAUCCAGGAAUCCUAUGAUCAACAAUGCAAACCAAAAUAACGGCAGCAGCAACCACCCGUUACUUCAAUCAAGCGGCGAAGGGUCUUCCUCGCCUAGCAUGUCCGUGUUGACUGUCCAAUCAGCCACAAUGGGUAACGGCGGUGUUGAUGGCUCCGUUAAAGAUGCUGCCUCCGUUUCUAAGCCGUGAUAAUGGCGUUGACUGACUUUUAGCCUUUUUUUUUUAAUAAAAAAUAUGAAGAAAAGGUUAAUGAAAAGGAAAGAAUGAUUUUGGGAGGGAAUUCAACGGCCGGUUAAGCAUGAUAAUAAGGUGGCUUCUCUUUCUUUCUUUCUUUUUUUUUUUAAAUUUCUCAACGACGCCGUAUUUACGUAUACUUUGGCAAAAGCCUAAAGCUAAUUUCACCUACUCCAACACCAACACCAACAUAAACAACAACAGACAAGAAGAAGAUCAAUCCAUUCCCCACAACUUUAUUAUUAUUAUUAUUAUUAUUGGUUUAGGUUCUUUGUACUUCAAUCUCCUUUUUAUUUUUUGUUUGUUUUUGGUUGGUUCAUACUUUAUUUUAUAUAUAUAUAUAUUUUAAUUUCAGUUUUGGCUGUCCAAUGUAUGAAGGGUAUUUAAUUUUUUUAAUAUACGAGCUGUG